AUGUCGCCUCAGAAACCCGAUUCCGCAACUGGUCUGCCUGACUCAGAACAGAAAACGCCCACACCCAGCAUUGCUGGGAAGAAGGAGGAAGGAGGGUCUCCAACUGUACGAUUUGCCUCCGUCACCCAGGUGGCAGGGGCCGAACCAGUGCGGGUGAAAAGCCCCGCGGGCUACUUCGAUGCUGUGCCUUUGGAGGAUCAGAUAUCCGGGAAUGAGGAACAACAACUGAACGAAUUGUCGAAGACGCUGCAAGGAACACAGCUCCAAGAACGACGAAUGAGUCAGUUUGCAUUUGAACCUGUGUCUCUUCCGGCCUCACGAGUUCCUUCAUUCGAAGAUAGCUCCCGCGAAACCACCCGACAACACACACACACUUCUUCCAGUAGGCCCUCCCCACGCCAGAGUCCUCGAGUACCUUCAAUGCACUCACCUCCUAUUACCCCCGCGGCGACACGAUCCAGGGAAGUCGAGGCACAGAUCAAAGGCGCCCCUCUUCAAAAGGUCCCAGCAGACGAAGAUCCCACAGCGAUUACUCCACAGAUCUCCCCACCUAGAACCUCUUCGUCGACUGCGCCCGUAGAUGAGUCCCGACCAAGAUCGAAAGGAGAGACGUCUAAAACUACAGCCGACUUGAAAGAUCACAGGGAGACACGGCCAAAGCAUCACCCUACAUUUUCGAUUGGCCCUGGGAUUGCCUCUGCUCCUGUUUCUCGCGAUCCAAGUCCGUCUCGUCCAGUCUACAGCAGGCCAUUCACGCCAGCAGGGGAUGCCAAUGACCCCUAUGCUGCUCACAAGCGCCCUCCACAGUCGAGGAAUCUUGAUUCCAUUGAUCAAAGGUUCAAGUUCACUGCACUAGGUUCCAAACACCGACCCUCACCUAGCGCCUCCUUCGCUACCCUCCCGCGAUCAUCUCGAAGUACUGCAGAUAUGAGUACACAAGAUAAGAGACAUUCGCUCAUUUUCGGCGGCCAUAAAGAUCACCAUGCCCAUUUGAACAAUGACAGUUCAUCGACCCUGCAUAGCAAGCAUGGAUCUAUGUCAGAAUUAAAGCGAUUUCUGAAAAUCGGGAGUAAUAAAUCGAAAAGGGCGGCUUCGCCCACACCUUCUUCUAAGUCAGGGACCAAGACUCCCCCUCAUCACAAGACCCCACAACAGCUUCCUUUCGAUGACAAUCACGGGUUGACAUCAAAGUAUGGAAAGUUUGGAAAGGUUCUGGGAGCAGGAGCUGGCGGUUCCGUACGUUUGAUGAAGCGGAGUAGUGAUGGAACAACUUUUGCCGUCAAGGAGUUCCGAGCCAGGCAUUCCUAUGAAACCGAGAAAGAGUAUGCGAAGAAAGUAACGGCGGAAUUCUGUAUUGGGUCUACUCUCCACCACGGCAACAUCGUUGAGACGCUGGAUAUCGUACAUGAGAAAGGGAAGUGGUAUGAAGUUAUGGAAUACGCGCCUUUUGACUUGUUCGCAAUUGUCAUGACCGGAAAGAUGUCUCGGGAGGAGAUCAGCUGCUCCUUCUUGCAGAUCCUCAGCGGUGUCACCUACUUACAUAGUAUGGGACUCGCUCAUCGCGAUUUGAAGCUUGAUAAUGUGGUCGUCAAUGAGUAUGGGAUUAUGAAGAUCAUCGAUUUCGGAAGUGCUAGCGUCUUCAAGUAUCCUUUUGAAAACGGGAUCACGUUAGCAAGUGGUAUCGUUGGAUCUGACCCCUAUCUUGCUCCAGAGGUCUACGAUGAGCGCAAAUACGAUCCCCAGCCUACCGAUGUCUGGUCACUCGCCAUCAUUUUCUGCUGCAUGUCGCUGCGGAGAUUCCCCUGGAAGAUGCCACGAAUGACAGAUAAUUCUUACAAACUCUUCGCUUCACCCCCAACACCUGGCACGGAGAUGAGAAGAAUGUCUGAUGGCGUGCCCUCUAAAUCUCCAACUGCUUCCCCGGCAAACUCCAAACCAACCACACCCAUCAGUGAAUUCCCUCCAUCAACUGUCGCUACCGCCAACAAUCGGACCACGGAAGGGGAAAAGAAACCCGAGGUCAUUAAAGGACCAUGGCGCCUUCUACGACUUCUUCCCAGAGAGAGUAGACACAUUAUUGGGCGUAUGCUGGAGAUUGAUCCGAAGAAAAGGGCCGUCUUGGCAGAAAUUCUGGAGGACCCGUGGGUCUCUGGGACAGUUAUUUGUCGACAGGAAGACCAUGGCAAAGUUUUCCGCGCUCCCGGUCAUACCCAUACCCUAGAACCACCAGCACCACAGCCUACAAAUGGGAAGUAG